AAAAGCCACCAUGUACCGCAACUGGACCGUGUUUUGCAAUGGCUGCAAGACCAAGCUCGUCGACUACGGCAAGCGCGGGAGCGGGACGUCGUCGCUCGUCAAGCUGCUGCCCGAGCGUAUCCUCAAGAGCUACUUCCCGCCCAGCGCGCCCAUGGGCACCUGCCCGCACUGCGCCAACGUCUUUGCGCGCCCCAUGCUCUACAAGGGCCAGCCGGCGUGGAAGCUCAUGACGCAAAAGAUCUUUGUGAAAAAGUAACAACUCUACUGCUGCUUCUUCCGGG